AUGGUUGGCACACUCGAGAUGGUCGCGAGAGACCCAGACAGGGCUCCGCCCAACUUCACUCCUGCUCAGAUUCCGUUUGCGGGCAGAAUGAUAUCAAUGUUCAUGUCAUUGAUAACGCUCUGCGUGCUAUCCGUUUGCAUCGUCCGCAGGGUGCAACGCAUCCACAACUGGCUUUCCCUACCCUUCGCCGCCUGGCUCAUCAUCAUCAUCUACGUCGACUCCUUCCUGUUCGUCUUCGUCACCGCUCUCUUCAAGGACAUCGGGCUCAACAGCAAUCAAACAAUAUGCGAAGGCGCCAUCCUGCUCUGCCUCAUCUGCUACAUGUCCACCAAGAUCUUCAUCUACUUCUUCCUGGUCGAGAAGGCGUACAUCGUGCGCGGAAAGCAUAACCCUCGGAUGAAGGACAAGCUUUUCCUGUUCAACUGCUUCUUCAUGAUGCUCCCCUACACCAUCGUCGUCAUCCUCAACUUCGUCUGGCGCAUCGCCUACAUCAACAAAACCGGCACGUGCAUCAUCGGCAUGGAGAAGCGUGCGAUGAUGCCGCUCAUCACCUUCGACGUCGUCGUCAACGUGUACAUGACGAUCCUCUUCAUCGUGCCGCUGCGCCAGCUGUACUCGUACAAGAACCGCCAGAACAGCACGCUGCACACCAUGGCCUUCCGCACCUUUGUCGGCAGCUGCGCCACGCUGACGUCCAGCGUCGGCAACCUGACCGUGCUGAUGGUGCUCAAGGGCGAGCCCGGGUGGAUUUGCCUCUUGUGCUGCAACGCCGACAUCCUCUUCUCCGUCCUCGUCCUCCACUGGGUAACAUCCGGCGACCGCACCGGCCAAACAACCGACCACUCCUACCCGUCGAACGCCCUCAACAACCCCGCCAACCACGCCAACCUCCCCCCCAACGCCUCCGCCAACGGCGGCCGCACCUCCCGCAGCAUCUUCGGCGGCUCCGCCAACAAAUCGCGCAUCGCCUCGUCCGGCCCCAUGGUCGGCACGGAGACGCUGAUGGCGCGCCACUACCAGGAAGCCGCCAUCGCCGCUGCUGCUGGAUUCGGCAAGGACUGGCCGAACACGCUGAAGGCGGAUAUAGAGGCGAGCUGCGAGCCGGUGCAGCGGAGCAGCGCGGACAUGGGCGCGAUUGCGAUGAAUCGGAUUGUCGUGACGCAUGAGAGGCGGAUGGUGGUGAGUGGGGAGGGGGAGGGGAAUAGGAGCGCGAGUAGCAUGACGUUGGGGCAGGAGCAGCAGCGCAGGGAAGAGCUGGAGCGGGAGAGGCAGAGGGAGGGGAGUGUGAAUGAUGAUGGGUAUGUGAGCGAGACGACGACUACGACGGUGACGACGACGAGGGAUGCGGGUGGCGCGGUUGGCGGUGGCAGGUUCGUGCAGAGGCAGGGGAGUACGGAUCAGAUGGUGCAGAGGGAGGAGGAGUAUGAGGACGUCGAUCUGGAGAGGGGCGAGCGCCGCCGCAGCCAUCGCCGGUGA